AAUAGUAAAAGCAGUCCCCCAGUCUUUAUAAUUUAUCUCCAAUUCUUUCUUGUAAUAAAUAUUAUGAAGACACUGGAUCUAAGCAACGGGGCAGAAAAAAAUAGAUGUGAAGAAAGGGUUAAGUGUAGAAGUUAUGAAAUGGUUUUAAGAAUGAUGGGGCUAGUUUUCACUCUAGUAGCUGCUAUUGUGGCUGGUACUAACAAGGAUACCGAGUCAGUUGCCGUAUCUCUCAUAGAUGGCUUACCUCCUUUGCACCUUACUCUAACGGCCAAAUGGAAUUAUAUGUCUUCAACUGUGUACUUUGUGGUAGUGAAUGCGGUGGCAUGUGCAUAUGCAGCGACAUCUAUGGCGUUUCAAGCUCUAACGGGCGGAAGCAGAGGAAAAAAAUGGACAGGCUCAGUCUUAGUUGUUGCUCUAGACCUGACUAUAGUUGCACUCCUUUUUUCGGCCAACGGUGCGUCAGCUGCAGUUGGACUCAUUGCUCUAAAUGGCAACCCUCACACUCAGUGGCACAAAGUUUGUUAUGCUUUCAAGAGAUAUUGCAUCCAAGGGGGAGCUGCUCUUGCUAUGUCUAUGCUUGGUUCUUUCUUCUUUCUUUGCCUUGUGCUACUCCUCACUUUGAAUCUUCACAGAACUACUUUAAAUUAUUAAGGGUCUAUAUCGAAAGAUAAAAAGUGUGCUGCAUUUAUAUGUCCAAAAGAGCUAUGAUGAGUCUCGAAAUAGAAUUGGAAGUUUGUUCAUAACAAUUAACACCAGCUUCUACUCAUAUAUAUAUGGUCGAUCUAUUUAUGUUAUUUGUCA